GCAGUUGCAUUUCAUUGUGAACGCACAAACCACCCACUGCAAGACUUUACUGGCUUGUUAAUGAGUAUCCCCCCUCACACACACACACACAUACACACACCGGGUCUAGAAAGCAGUUGGUUUCCCAGGAGGACCCAUUCUUGAUGUGUGUGUGUUCGUGAUGAGGACCGCCACCACUCUGCUCUCUCUCUGGUUCUGGGUAAAGCCCGCUGGCAUCAAUGCUGCACCAACAGGUUCAAAGUGUGGGAUUCCUCCGGUGUGGAGCCCCACGGUUCACUCUCUGAGGGUGGUCGGAGGGGCCGAGGCCACAGACGGAUCACAUCCAUGGCUGGUUUCCCUGCAGAACAGGGGUUCUCAUUUCUGUGCAGGGUCCAUCCUGACUGAUCGCUGGAUAAUGACCGCUGCACACUGCUUUACAUCACUCUCAAAAGAGUUUCUCAGUGGUGUGAGAGUGGUGGUGGGAGAGUUUGACCUGAGAGUGGACGAUGAAGAGGAGCAAGUCUUUACCAUCAAGUCUGUCUCAGUCCAUGAGAAGUACAAUCACGCUUUGCCUAUGACCUAUGACAUAGCUCUGGUGGAGCUGGAUCAGCACAUUCUACUGGGCAGGUUUUCCAUUUUGACAAUCCGUAUAGUUCAGGGGUCAGCAACCUGCGGCUCUUUAGCUCCUCUCCAGUGGCUCCCUGUGGAUUUAUAAAAAUGGAAAUGAAUAUAUUAUGAGAAAUAAUCUUGAUAAUAAAAGUCAGAAGUUUACGAGAAAAAAAAGUUGUAGUAUUAUGAGAAUAAA